ACGAAACCAACAUGGCAGCUGAUUGCGGUUCUGUGGAUUUUCCCGUGAGCGUUGUCCUUCCAGCUGCGGGCAGUGGCGAAAGGAUGGGGCUGGCCACACCCAAGCAGUUCUGCUCCGUCCUGGGAAGACCUCUUCUGUACUACACACUGCAGGCUUUCCUCAACGUGCCCUGGGUAAGGGAAGUUAUCGUGGUCGUGUCUCAGGACUGGCUACAAGAAACUUCAGACAUCUUGCAGAGCUUUUCACCAACAACCAGGUCUAAGGUUAGGGUAGUAUCCGGUGCCGCAACAAGGCAUAGGUCAAUCUGGAAUGGUCUAAAGGCUGUGGGUUCUAGUACAGAUGUGGUCGUCUUACACGACGCUGUUAGACCCUUGGUUGAAGAAGACUUUCUUAAGAGAAUUGUUCUGGCAGCUAAGGAGCAGGGGGCAGCAGGGGCAGUGCGCCCCCUCAUCUCCACAGUAGUAUCUCCCACCAAGGAUGGCAGUAUGUUAGACCACACUCUGGACAGAUCACAGUACCAAGCCAGCGAGAUGCCGCAAGCCUUUCGCUAUCCAGCCAUCAUGGAAGCCUACCACAACUGCAGCGAACACGAUUUGGACUUCGGAACGGAGUGCCUCCAUCUUGUACAAAAGUAUGCCGGCAUCUCAGCCAAACUUCUUCUUGGGCCGUCUUCCCUCUGGAAGGUGACCUUAAGAAAAGACUUGUAUGCGAUUGAAGGAGUUCUCAAAGAAGAGCACUGCAGGAAGGUGGCCAUGUUGUCUGACCAGCAGUCAACAGUGUCGCAGAGGCUACACAGGGGUUUUCAGGAGCAACUGAGUUCAGAAGUGCUUCACAUCAACCAUCAGGAACAGCUAGCAACCAUCUGUCAGACUGUGACUACACUUAUUCUAACCAACAGUUUUCCAUGUGACUUGAAGAAGACCAGGGACAGAGUUAGCCAAGUUUGGGAAGGUGCAACCAGUGGGGAUAGCACUAGUAGAGUGUUGGUCUUACUUUUCUGUGGGGAAGCUCCUGCACUUGAUGCAAUGCCUGUCAUCUUCAAGUUUACUCAGGAACUUGCAAAAGAAAGCAUGGAACAUUCAGUGGUUGUCUACAGUGUGUAUGUAGACAGUCAGGCUUCCAGUGAUGUUGUGAACAGGGCUGUAGGAAUGGUGAUCAGUCUGAUUCGUCAGAGGGACCCUGCACUGAGCGGACAGAUGUUUGUGGCUCAGUAAAUUUUUGUAUGGAACUGCUUUACUGUAGGAUGUAAUAGUAGGUUAUGUAGAGAAGUUUCAGCAUGUAACGUUAAGUGACAAUAUAGCCAUAUAUACCUCACAGUU